CCAAAACAAGAGUGAGCGCUUGAUCUAAACUUAAGAAAGUUUGGAUUUGAUUGUGCUCGUCAACAUUCACCAUGGUAAGCUUUUUUGCGAUUUUUUUUGCUCUCAAAUAUGUCAAAUUAAGUUUCUAUACAUUUUUUUUUGCAUCGAUAGGCAGCAUCAGAUGAACGGUACGCAUUUUUAGCCGAAUGGUACGACCCGAGGGCCUCACUGAUUAGAAAAUACCAACUUCUUUACUAUCCAAGCGAUUCAUCUGUGGAAAUGGUAAACAUGUUACGCUGAUGCCAUUUACAAUUUUACUUUUCACCGAUACACGAGAUGGGUUUCUUCUGCAAGAAUGACACUUAAUCGGUGUACAUAAUCCUUUUCUGAAGUUAAUCAAUAUAUGCAUAGAUUUUUCAUUCGCAUGUUGUAUCAAAAACUGGGAUUUCUCCUUAGUGUAAACUUUUUUACCACGAUUUCGUUUAGUUGAAUGUUACAACCUAAAUCAUUCCUCACAUUUUUCCCGCUGGUCUCAGCUUCAACGAGCAUGUGAAUCUUUUCAUGGCCAUAUUUUGUCAGAUGAUAGUGCAUCUAUUUGUGGUGUACCUCAGUACAGAUGUUCUGCUGUAUGUCUCUGCUACUAACGAGUUUUGAAUUGUACAAUGUCUUUUCCGCAGUAUGACAUAAAAAAUCGUCGCCUCUUCUUGAAACGAUCCAUGAUAGAUGGUCUUCAGGUUCAGCAUCUGUUUAUAGGAGCCAUCGUGAACAUUCAUUCUCGACAGGUACUUGCAACAUUCAGAAAUAAAAACUGUACCUUCUAGUGAUAAAUAAUGGUAUAAGACUGAUGGGAUUCUGAUUUGGUCUGUAACCUUCAGAGUGAUAAACAAAAUUGGAUGAUCAUAUAGCUAGGGUCUGAUUUGUUAAGCAUGAGUAUGAUUUCUGACGGAAUUGGACAACAAAAAGUCCCAUUAUCAUAAAAAGACAAAAGUUAACUUUGCAAAUUGCUUGACAACAGUUCAGACACAUGAUGUGUGAUGCUUUCCUAUUGUGCAGGCAUGAUGUGUUAACUGUCCUAUUACACUCUCUGAUUACAAGCAUGAAGCACACACUGUUCUUUUAGUACUCAAAUUGGGUUGGUGAUAACCAAUCAUGUUUGAGAAUUUUACUACAGUUUUGAUUAAUUACAAAACUGAUAAUUAGUUUCAAACCUUGUAGUUAUUUUUGCUUGUGUUUUUAAAAAGUUGUUUGCAUGUAUUUGUGUCUUCAUUCAAUUCCAAUGGCCCACUGCAGUAGACAUUAUCACAGACUUCUUAGCUCUUAGUAACUUGGAGUAUAUAAUGAAUGAAUGACUUGAACAGUUUUGAACUGCAAAAUUCAUGCUAUUUACUGUCAACUGGUGCCUUAUUUUUUCCUCAUCUCUCAUUCCAGUUGUCAAUAACAGACUAUGCCGAUGAACGCACAUCCAACCUUUUGAGAAACAAGAAUGAAAAGUAAGUAAAUCCUUGGUCUCAAAAUAAUUUAUUUCUUUGCUUCUUGUGACAACCCCACUUAAAAGUUAAUGGUUCAUGUUUGAAACACAGAUUUUUUGUAAUAAUGAUAUUAUUAAAAAUUUAAGUGGCUUAAUUUAUUUGUUUUUUGUAAUUGGCUGUUGUUCCCUAAUAUUAGUGAAGUAACUCACAAUAAAUGCAUGUUUUGCAUAUUACCUCCAGAACACUAGCUAUGAUAAAACCAGAUGCUGUUUCGCAGAUGGGUAUGUCAUGAUUUUAUUCUUUUAAUCCAUGUUGUUAUAAGUAUCUUUUAAGUUCUAAGAAUAUGUGGAGAUUUUCAUGGUGAGAUUCCUGAGGCAAGAUCUUAGGUGUUUUUAGGCUUCUUGACAAUGUAAUUCAUCUUUUUAUGAUUUUAAGGUCUACUUAGGCUAAGCUUGCCUGAGAUAAAUGGGGAGCUAGGUUUAAAGAAUUUUUUUCAUGUCUUGUAAAAGCAUGGGUAAGGAAAAGAUUGAGUCCCAUGCAGAAUCAUACCUCAGUCUUAGAUUGCAUGCUCCUGUGCAUAUCACUGAGCCACAGAGACUCUUUACAAAUCUGAAAAGCCGUCACAAGGUCCAUGUGCGACAUCCAUCUAGCACACUGCUGGGAUCAGAAUUUUCAAAAGCAUCAUGUGCAUAAAUAGAAUAACAGAGAUCAUCAUGGUAAAUUUUUGGCUAGGUUAUGAAAUUGAGAGGAAAAGUUUUUUUCUCGUCACAAGGGCGGGAAAAAGAAGGUUUGAUCUGACUACCGGUACAUGUCAUCCUUCCAGUAUCACUGAUUGAAACAGCCAUGUGGUAAUAAACCAGUUAUACAAUGGUGAGGUCUGCUAUAUUGUUCUCAAUGAGGGACACAUGUCAGUUUCAAGUAAUCACUGAUUUGAAAAGCCUUUUAUUAAAAUUUUAAGGGAAUAUAAUUGACAUUAUCCAUGGAGAAGGCUUCCUCAUUUGUCAAGCAAAGAUGGUUAGGUUGACAAGGUGAAUCUGGGACAUUACUGUCUAUCAAUUAUUAUUAUUAUAGAUAAAUUUAAUCAGAUGUAUAAUAAGCUGAAUUGUAUGCUUUGAUUGGUUCUUAUAAAUGAUGUACAAGAGGACAGACUCACAGCUGAGAUAAUUAACAAAAUUUUGUUUCUUUAUUUGUAAAACAAAUAGAUUCCGUGUUUUCAUGGGUUCACUUAUUGAUCACAUAACACGUCAAAAUUUGGCAAUUAAGGACAUAAACUGCAUCUUGUGUACACUUUCUUGUUCUUAUCACAUUUUGAUGUCAUCUGUGAUCUAUUACUGAAUAGAUGUACAGUACAACAACGUGCAGGAAACCUGUUGGUAAAUCUGAUGAUAAACUUCAAGAAACACUUUUUUGUUGAAUAAAACUUUCAUUCUAACAUUAAGUAAUGAGCAGAUUCAAAUACUAAUUUUAGUGAUGGUCAGGAGACUCAGUAUUAAAGAUAUUUAGUGACUGACUGAAAAACAGUAUAAUAUAAGUUCAUCCUGACAGUUUUUAUUUCCAUACUCUGUAGGCAUGAAGCAUCACUGUUCUAUUCAGAGCACAAAGGGAAACCCUUUUUCAAGUAAGUCUACUAUAUAAUUAAGAAAAAGUAUCAGCUAGGUGUUACAUGUAUUUUCCAGUUUAUAUUAUUAUAAUAACAGCAAGCUCUUGUGUAAAAUUUAUAAUGAAAGCUGUAGCAACAGCAAGGAAAAAUUGAUUAUUAGAAUUAAAAAAACAGACUUAUAGAUGUGGAGUCAGUUUGUUUAAAGACUGCAGCCAUUGCCAUCAAUUUCAAAGCUGAGUCAGAGAAACAAAAUGAUCUAGUAGUGAGUUUUAACAGAAGUAAGUGUAAUAAGAGCUUUUAUUCUGUCAAGCUUUAUUAUGGAAAGGAGCCUAUGGUAGUAUCUAAUUUUUCAGUCUGUAAAUUAUGUAAUUUUCAUGCAUUCUGGUAUCUGAUGGUUAAUGGCUCUGGUUUUAGCUAUUUAGUGGAAUUCAUGGAAAGUGGUCCUGUAGUUGCCAUGGAGUUGAAAGGUGCUAAUGCAAUUACAAAGUGGCGGACACUUUUAGGACCAACAGACUCAGCAACUGCCAGAAUCCAGGCUCCUCUAUCAAUCAGAGCAAAAUUUGGUACAGGUAUGUAUUCAGUCAUGUGGUAAAGAUUCAUAACAUCAUACAGAAUAACCAAAAUUACAUUUAAAAUUAGACAAUUAGAGAAGGUAAAAUAAAGGCAAAUGUGAGUCUGGUAGGAACCAGGAAGGGUUGAGGGUUCUUUAGAAAAUUUGGCAUGGCUAAAAUUCUUCCCAGGGUCAAAACCCUUUUCUUUUUUUAAUGUACUAGUUUUGAUGACAAAGAUGUCCUUAAUAUGCCUUCCCUAAAAUUUACACUCCUAUUUUACUGCAACAGUUGCCUUUUGUUGUUAGCUAUACAUCUUAGAUCAUUUUCAAUAACUUGCCUAUUCUUAACCACUAUGUUGGGAUUUGUUGCAGACACCACAAAAGAUGCUGCACAUGGUUCAGAUUCACCACUAGCAGCUGAAAGAGUAAGAACUUUUAUUUGGUGGUAAAUUAACAUUUUCAGUAAUUAUGUACCAUUGUCUUGCCAAAUUAAUAGCUAUACAAUUCUUUUUGAACUCCACAUAGUCCAUUGCCUUUAGUUAAGAAAAUGAAAAACAGUUGUCGGUAGUGAGUUCAGGUAUAUAGUAACCAGUUCAACAUCAAACAUUGAUCAGUAUGCAUAUUCUCCUUUAACUUUUCUCUAUACAUUUCCCAUAGUACUGACAAAGAGAAUUUGUUUAACAAUCAAGAGAUCCUUGAGUGGAUGGUCAUUUCCUUUAUUAUAGCGUUAAUGUUUGAGUCAGUAUUGAUAAUGCACAGAGAAAUUAGAUGCUCAUCAUUCAUAGGAUUAAUAGACUGAAAGAUUGAAGAAUGCUCUUUAAGUGAAAUAAUUGGCUCUAAAUUUAAGGUAGAAGGAAGCACAAGAGUAACAUUGUAUCUAUCUACCUUGUAUUCUUUCAAAAUAUUUUGAGUAAAAUUUCUUUCUUUUUGUUUUGACUUACAGGAAACAAAUUUUUUCUUUGGUGGCAAAAGCUUCAUUGGAAAAAACACUGCUUCUUUUUCAAACUGCACUCUCUGCAUAAUCAAACCUCAUGCCAUUAUUCAAGGUAUCAUAAAUCAAUGCUAGGUACACAGUCAUGUAAUUUGAUGAGGUUUUGUCAUGAUGCAGUUAAACCUCUCACAUGGCCCAUGUUUAUUUUGUAACUGCCUCUUGUAAUGGUUUCAAAGGAGCCACUUACUGCUGUCUUUAGUUGAGGAUUUUAUUUAUAUCAUAUUUGUGUGCCCUUUUUGCACUCAAAGCUGCUUCUUCCACUACUUGUAAUUGUAUCUUCAUGUCCCUCCUGAGGAAGCUAAGCAAACAGCUCCAGAAGCAAGCAUCAUGAUUUGCAUUUUUUUUUUUUGCCUUAAUUUACACUCUAAGUUCAGUAUGUAUAUUCUCUGUACUAUUCAUUAUUCAUUUCCUAAGAUGCUAUCAAAGAGAAUUUCUUCUUUAGGUAUUGAUCAUUACCUUUAUUCUCAUGACCGUAAUGUUUGAUUCAGUGGUUAUACUUUGAGGAGAAAUUAGAUGCUUGCCAUUCUUACGGGUUACAGGGUUAAUGGUUGUUAAUUAUUUUGCAUUCAGGUAACACUGGCAAAAUCAUAUCUGCCAUAACAAGCAAGGGGUUUGAGAUCUCUGCCCUUCAGAUGGUUAGUAAGAUGAACUACUAUUAGUUACAUGUACAUAAGAGCACUUUUCAUGGGAGAAUUGCAAAACCAAAUUCACAGUAAGUCAUCACAGCAGCUAGGUGGAAGAAAGGAGUAUAUCACAUGUGGCUAAUUAGAGUUCAAGAUUAUAUACUUUCAGGCAAACUGCCUGCUGCACAGGAAAAUACUUGUGACCAAGUGGUAAUUGUUGUUAUCAUGGUUAUAAUUUGUAUCUGAUUGGUUGAAGAGGGUGGCGUAAAUUUUUUUAAGACCAAUCACAAAGAUUUGCGGAACAAACCAAUGCAAUCUUUGAUGUAUUGAAACUCAAUUUAAGAUUUCUCUAUUUGGAACUGAGAAUGUUGAUGGUCUCUGGUCACGUCUGUAUGAUAAGGUAUGAAUAUUAGUUUUCCUCUGAUCCUCAGUUCCAUCUUGAAAGAGCAAAUGCUGAAGAAUUUUAUGAAGUUUACAAAGGUGUUGUAAAUGAAUACCAGGUGAGGUGCCGCACAUGAACCACUUUUGAACCUUUAACCCUUUAACUCUCAAACCAAGUUUGUAAUUCUCCUUGCUGUCAACCAUACAAUUCUUACAAUUUUGGUUCAGAGAAUUUAGUAUUGGAUCAACUAAUCAUCCCCAAAUUGAUAUUUUUCUUAAUUCUCGUCCCCUAUCUGGUUGAUAUUGUAUUAAUAUUGUAAGGAGAAAUUCUGUCUUGGUCACUCAUGAGAAUUAAAGGGUUAACCUUCAGAAGUGAUUAACCUUUAACUCUUUACACCCUAAGGGUGAUAAGCAUCCAAUUUCUCCUUGCUGUAUCACCCCUGAAUCACACAUUAAGGUCACAAGGAAAAUGAUCACCAACAAAUUCUCCCUGUCAGAACCAUAGGAAAUGUAUAGAGAACACUCUGGAGAAUGUACAUACUGAUGUUAGGGUGUAAAGGGUCAACUUCUACAUAUAAGAUCCAAUCCCAUGCAUUAUCCAGCAGGUAAUGAGAAUACUCAAACUGAUCGUGUAGAAGUUGUUAUCUUGCUUCAACACCAAAUUGCCUUGACAAAUUUACAAGGAGGUGUGUAACAGCUAGAGGGAAGAAUUAACAUUCUGAUCUUAGUCGUUAAAGAGUAAAGCAAAAGAAAUGAGAUUUCAUCCAAACAUGAGUUCUUGAACCUCUCUGUUAUUGUAUUUUUCUUUGUUCUUCCUUUGAUUGCUAAAUUCAUUUUGGAUGAAUACUCUUUCCGAAUUCGAGGAAUUGUCUUAAAAACACCACUCGUUAAGACACCGUUAAAUUCAAAUUCUUGAUUUAUUCGGUAGUUAAGUAUUAUUAACGGAAUUGAUAACGUAAAUUGAGCAACGUAAAGAGUUUUAAGGUGGACGUUUCGAGCGUUACCCCUUCGUCAGAGCGAAUAAAAGUUUGAAACUCUUUACAGUGGUCGAUUUACGUUAUCAACUCAGUUGAUAAUACUAUAUCACCUUGUCAUACUCUCCCACUAACUAACCCCCUUGAUUUAUUUGGUUUGUUCCUCUCACAAUUAGAGUAUGGUCGAGGAGCUGUGUUGUGGACCGUGCCUUGCUAUGGAGAUCAGAGCUCCUAAUGCACCAGUAUCAUUCAGAGAAUUCGUCGGUCCUACCGAUCCAGUAAGCUUAUUAACCAAAUUUACCAUGCGCUUCUUCGCCUUACUUAAAGUUCCUUUAAGGUCCAUAAUUUCCGGGACGUGAAAAGAAAAAUUGUUUCAAAGAGACAAAACAGUAAUCGUCACUAUGUGGGCGCCUGUACUAUUUCUAGCACUGCUAGACAAGAAGAAAUUAGUUCUUUUUCACUUUGAAAUAAGCUUUUGUCCGUGAAGUUAUAUUUCCUAGAAUUCGUGUCACUUAACACGAGACCGCUAUGUUUGUUGUCGUAAAUAUUGCACGAUUCAAUAUUAAAUAUUCAAUGUUGCGAGGGAAGAAUUGUGCAAAAGUUAUAAAACACUGACCUGAACCAAAACAAAUCGUUUUUUUUGUUUUGUUUUGUUUUGUUCUUUUUUUCUUUUUUUCAGGAAAUCGCUCGCCAUCUACGCCCUGGAACAUUGCGGGCAAUGUUUGGCAAAGACAAGAUAAAGAAUGCUGUCCACUGCACUGAUUUACCAGAAGAUGGACUGAUAGAGGUUAGCGUAAUUGUUUUUCUUUGUCUCUACUAUUGACUUGCAACUCCUGUGAAGCCCUGACCGUCAAGUUUUCUUCUUUGAUUUUCUCUAAGGACGGCUUAUAGGAAAUUUUUUCCUUAAAGGUCUAUAUCCACACUUCUCUGCUGCCGCCAGCUCAGUAGCCUUUUCUGUAGUUUGAUUGUUCAAGAGGAAUCACUUGACACAAAAGACUCAGAUUGAUUGGUUAGCACCGUAUUGUAACAAUUGUAGCAAGGUUGCAAAGGGGUAUUUUCCAAUUCUUUGAAGUUUCAGCCGGUAAUUUCAUUCCAUUUUUUUUAUGAUACAGGUGGAGUACUUCUUCAAAAUAUUGGAUAACCAGCAGCGGUCUUGAUUGAAAAAUGCUCUCUUAUGAAAAUUCCACCAUUGUACACACAGUUACACUAUCCAUGUCAGUUAACUUAUCACCUACUUCCUUGUUUCAUGUACAGAUAGUUUACGUAAAAUAUUAGAGUGAACAUGUACAUAGUCAAAUAAUAAAAUUUUCUUAAUCAAACUAACUUUUUAGAGUACAUUUUUGGGCAAAUAUUUCACGGUGGAAGUUAUGCUGAUUGAGAUGAGACGAAUGGAAUGAGGUGGAUUUUAAAGUUUGGUAUCUGUGAUGAUAUUAACAUACGACGUUAAUUUUUAAUAAAGAUUAAAA